GUAAGUGUGAGAAGAGGAGCAAGCAGCAACAGGUCGUCCUGCUGAGAGUUAGUGUCUAAGUCUAAGCUGCUGGAGACAAAGGGAGACAUUUCCACACGGCAGGGAGCAAUGCUGUCUUAUACUGAAUACAUGUCUUCCAUGGACUGGUAUUGAAUUGAAUGGAGGCAGGUGAUGGAGACUUUGCUGGACAAGUGGAAGAAGGAUGUUCAUGUGAGCCAAGGAGAUGCAGACGUCUCAGUGGACAUGGACCAUCUGAACAGGAACAUGCCGGAACGUGGAGCACAGAGCCAGCAGAGCACUCCACUGGGUCUGAUGGAGACCGGAAAGGGACUGAAGUUCCAGGCGGAGCGGCCUCAUCUGGUCAGUCUGGGGAGUGGCCGCCUCAGCAUUGCCAUCACUCUGCUACCUCUGCCUGAGGGCCGGACAACAGUAGGUCGUGGUGCCAUGGACAUCAGCAUCCAAGGCCCCGGAGUGGAAGAGCAGCAUUGUUACCUGGAGAAUAGGUCAGGGGUCAUCACGCUCCACCCAUGUGGGAACCUUUGCUCUGUUGAUGGAGUCCAGGUGACGCAGCCCAUUCGCUUGUCCCAAGGCUGUAUGCUGUGUUUUGGUCAGUCUGCGUUUUUCCGCUUCAAUCACCCUGAAGAAGCCUUAAGGAUGAAGAGCAUGAUGCCCCCAGGAGGAAGCAUCUACCCAGGGGACUACAGACAGUGUGCAGACACUGAGAGCUUGGUCAAUGGGAAUCAUCCAGCCCCCCCAGCACAGUCUUCCCAAGACCUCGGUGAGACGCUUCAAUCAGAGCACAGCGCGAUUGUCAGCUCCAUCGAGAAGGACCUCCAGGACAUCAUGGACUCCUUAGCCAUGGAUGACCCUCAACCUUGCCCCUCAGAAGACAAAAAGCCCCCCGGGGGACAACCUGUGACUCAUUCACACUUGUCGCCAAUGGUCAAUGGUGGGGGCAGGUAUUUGCUGUCCCCCCCUACGAGUCCAGGGGCCAUGUCGGUGGGAUCCAGCUAUGACAAUACAUCACCACCCUUUUCUCCUCUCUCCUCCCCUUCAGCGGCAAGCAGUGGGAGCUUUACUAGCCCAUCCCCAGGUGGAGCCCCCCAGGACCCCAUUUCUGCUCUGCCACCAGUGCCUGCACGCUCCUCCAGCUAUAACUUCACCAGCCAGCCGCCCCCUGUACUACAGCCACGGACGCCCCCAUCCAACUUGAAUGGUUCCACUGUGGGUCAGAAGGUACCAGGAAGCCCCAGGUUGCAAAGGAACAUCAUAGGUGAUGGUCCCCCGAGCCCUAUGCCUAGUCGCAGAGGAUUAUGCCAAGAUGUGUGCGAGGGGUCAAAUGAACCUCUCAGUAGCAGGAAUCUAGUGCCAAGUAGCCUCACUUCCAAGAUCCCGACAUGUGUGAGGACCAAGAUGACCACUGUGCUUCAUGAAAGGCCUGCAAGCCCUUUUAGAGAGCAGACACCCUUAGCCGAUUGCUCCGUCUCCUCAAGCCCAUCCAGGCAACUUUCCCACCCGACGAAAACCUUUCAGCCUCCUCUUGAUCCAGUUGUCCAUAUCAUCCAAGGAUCCCCAUGCCAGCAGCCUGCUAGCCCCCGCAUGGCCCGGAGAAACUUAGAACUGAAUGGUGGAGGGGGGAAUAUGAGAGAACUUCCUCCUCUUAGUCCCUCCAUUGCUCGGAGAGGCAUCCCAGUACUCCCAGUGUCAAUCCCAGGAACGGUAGCUGCCCUGAAGGCCCCAGAUAGUCCCUCGUGUCUACGUAAGCCGGUCCCGGAGAGUCUACGGCUUCAUCGCAAGACUGGAACUACGCCCGAAGACUUGACUGGCUGCAAGGGAAUGCGAGCUCGUAGUCCCUCACCCACCUCUCUGAUGGUGGAAGGCAGUAGUGCCGGGUUCCAAAAGGCUGCCUUUGGCAACUCCCUCUCGCCUGCCUACAGUCUGGGUUCUCUUACGGGAUCAUCUCCCAUGGCAAGUCCCCGAUGCAACAGGAAGAUCUCUACAGGACGACCGCCAAUGAGGGAGAGGAAGAACAGCAUCACAGAGAUCAGCGACAAUGAGGACGAGCUGCUGGAAUACCAUCGACGACAGCGGGAGGAGCGACUUCGAGAGCAGGAAAUGGAGAGACUGGAGAGGCAGCGGCUGGAGACCAUCCUGAAUCUCUGUGCCGAAUACAACAAAGGAGAGAGCAUCAUCCUGGAUCCACUGGGCCCCGGGAGGGCAGCUUUCCCUGGGGGGUUUUCAGACGGCUCGAUGCAGGGUGCUUCCGCUGAGCGUGUCCUGGGAGGAAUGCCGUCGCCAUCGUCUCGCCGUCUGGCACAGAGACGGAGAGAGAGCGAUGAGGAGAACCUGAAGGAGGAGUGUAGUAGUACAGAGAGCACUCAUCAGGAGGUGAGGGCAUCAGAAGCUCCCAGCACCGCAUCAGCACUGCAACAUGGAGACACGCAGGAUGAAGAUGCGGCCACAUCAGAUGGGCUGGAGCUGCUUUAUCUGGAGGAAGAGCGAGUGCGUGUGCUGUCACGGCUUGAUGACCUGAAAAGCCGCCUGACUGAGCUGGAGCAACAACUUGAGGAGUCUAAGCAGGAGGCAGAGAUGGAGCGUGCGUUGCUGCAAGGGGAGAGACGGGCGGAAGUGGAGCAGAUUGAGGUGGAGAUGGACAUCAUCAGUCAGCUUCACAGCAGACUGGAUGAGCUGGAGAAGGCCACCCAGCAGGAGAAAGACAAGGAGAGGGCUAAUGUUGAGGCAGAGCGUCGGGUCGUGCAGAGACUCCAGGAGGGCCACGCUGAGCUGAAGAAGCAGCUGCAUAACUGUCCCGAGUCCCUACGGGAACAGUUACAACAGCAGUUGAAAAGGAAGGGAGAAGCUCUGGAAGCAGAGACCAAGAAGUUUGAGGACCUGGAGUUCCAACAGCUGGAAAGAGAAAGCAGCCUGGAGGAGGAGAGGGAGACCAUGAGCAAGCAACUGCUCCAGGAGAGAGCCGAGUACCACCACAGCGUGGCCAAGAGGAAGGAAAAGGUGUCUGCUUUGGAGAAGCAGGGCGACCAGCUGGGCUUGCAAGCAUCUCAGGAAUGCGAGCGUCUGGCCAAAGACAGGACGGCCACGCUGCAAAUGCUCCAAAAUGAAAAGGAGAGGCUUACGGCCCUGGAGAAGAGGUACCACAGCAUCACUGGAGGAAAGAGCUUUCCCAAGUCAUCUACGGCGAUGAGAGAGUGCCAGUCUGAGGGCAGCAGGCCUUCACUACCCAAGUUAGAUUUAGAACAAUGGUACCAGGCGGUUUUGGCGGGCUCCAGCCAGCUCUGGUCUUCCUCCCUGCCAGCCAAGCCCCUGUCUGGCUGCAGGCCCACGCUGCAGGUGUUCCGCUCCAAGGUUGACAGUGAUCCAGGACAGUCUCCUCUCCAGCAGGGAGCUGCAACACUGGGCCGCAACGCAGGCUCCAAGAGCCCGCUUCUGCCCGCCCAGAGCUCCAGCAGUUUGCCCAGGAACUUGGCAGCUACCCUGCAGAGCAUAGAGAGCAAGAGACAGCUAGCACUGCAGCAAAAAGACCCUCAGAACUCCAGCCAUCCCUCCACAAAGGGAAGACCAGCAGGUCAACAGGUGAUUGAAGAGCAGCGACGUCGUCUGGCUGAGCUGAAGCAGAGGGCAGCAGCGGAGGCACAGUGCCAAUGGGAAGCACUCCAUGGCUCCCUGCCUCACAUCAUGGCUUCCACACCCACGUACUCGCCAGGAAUGUCCUACAGCCCCGCACUCACUCACCGCUCUGAAGGCCCCCCUCCUCUGGUCCAGCACUCCAUCCUGCACCACCAUCCACCAUCAGCUGGAGAGCAGCCCUACGACACACUGAGUCUGGAGAGCUCUGACAGCAUGGAUACCAGCGUGUCCACUGGGAACAACUCCGCCUGCUCACCUGAUAACAUGUCCAGCGCUGGAGGAGCAGACUUGUUGAAGAUUGAAGAGAUGGAGAAAAUGCUGAAGGAAGCACAGAUGGAGAAAGCUCGACUUAUUGAGUUUCGGGAGCAGGAGAGUCUUGCACGCCAUCAGAUGCUGGAGGAAGAGAGGAAGAGGAGGGAGGAGGCUGAGAAGAGGCUGCAAGAUGAAACUCUCCAUCGGCAGCAGCUGGUGGAGAAAGAGGUGAAGAUGAGAGCCAAGAACUUUUCCCAGGCUCGUCCAAUGACACGCUACCUGCCCAUCAGGAAGGAGGAGUUUGACCUUCGCGCUCACAUUGAGGCGUCGGGCCACAGCGUGGAGACCUGCUACCAUAUCAUCCUGACUGAGAAGAUGUGCAAGGGCUUCCUGGUCAAGAUGGGAGGCAAGAUCAAGUCGUGGAAGAAACGCUGGUUUGUCUUUGACCGCCUCAAAAGGACCUUCUCCUACUAUGUUGACAAACAUGAGAACAAGCUGAAGGGUGUCAUCUACUUCCAGGCCAUCGAGGAGGUCUACUAUGAUCACCUCCGCAGCGCCACCAAGAAGGCCUUUUUCUACCUCAAUCUGACCAGCAGUCCUAACCCGACCUUGACCUUCUGUGUGAAGACCCACGACCGCCUCUACUACAUGGUGGCACCCUCAGCCGAGGCCAUGAGGAUCUGGAUGGACGUCAUCGUGACGGGGGCCGAGGGCUACACGCAGUUCAUCACCUGAUCAUGCAUGCACACGCACACAAACACAUACACACACAAACACUUCACCACCGCUCUCUUAAAGGGACAGAAACCAAAAUGUUUAGUAUGUUGCCAAAUGUCCAACAUGUUGGAUGACGUCUUUACAGUAUUGAUACUACACGUGCAGUACGCAGUACUACUUGCUACACUACUUCUAUGUCCCUACAUCUCACACAGGGUACUACACACGUCAUUCAUCAUCAGGACAACAAAUAGAAACACGUAGAACAUGAAUAGAACAUACUAAAUGUGAAGAAAAUUUUUUUUAAAAUUAGCCAAAAAUGGGAAGCUUCUCGCGUUGCUCAACAAUAGCUAACGCACUACCUUCCAUAUACUACAUUGCUAGUAUGUAUGAGACCCCUCCACCCCUACAUUAGGAUCAAAUGGUCCCUGCCCCCACUUUCACCCAUCACCUUCCGUAUGGCAAAUGGUUCAUGCUGGGGUGGGGCACACUACAAUACACUACAUUACUAGUGUCAAUACACUCCAAGGUAUGAUAACUAGACCUGACUUUUAGGUCUACUAAAGACUUGUAGAUAGACGAUGGGCUCAUACCUGACAGGUACUUAGACCGUGUGGCCUUCACCAGAAGUUCACCAGUACGUGCUGCUCCACGUAGUACUUCUCUUUUGUAGUAGUAAGAAAUGUUCCACACAAUUCAUGUCAAGUUGAAGGAGGUACGUUCAUGUAACGUUUAUGGAACCCUGUUUCUCAUGUAAUGUUUAUGGAACCCUGUUUCCUCAUGUAACGUUUAUGAAACCCUGUUUUCCUUACUUCUGUGAUAGAAUUCACGUUCAAUCCUCCCAGCCUGCUCAACACGUCUCAUCUUUGUACGUGCGUCAUUUCACUCGUGCGUGUAGAAACGUGUCGGGCCAAUCACGUUCCUGCCUUGCAUUGUACGUGGCGCUGCAUGAUGAUGAUGAUGAUGAUGAUGAUGACCUCAUGUACACGUGCAGGUGAAAUAUGAAACACUAAACUCCCCCCCUACCCCGACUGCGGAGCUUUAUGACGGCCCAAGGUUCCAUCACUGAGGUGGGUGUGGCAUCAAAGAGGCUUUGGUUGCCUUCAGGGAACGUAGGAAUUCAGUUGCACACUUUAUGUAGGCUACAUGUGGAUCAAAUUGUGAGCGUGGUGUGUUCAAUGACGUGAAGUCGUGGGAAACUGUGAAAACGCGGUGAAAACUAGCUUUACGUUCAAGGACUAAACUCCCGUGGCUCCGUACUGGAGGGCCUUGAAAGGAAGUAGAGGUCAAGUGAGGUCAAGUAAGACAUGACUGGAACUGGUGGCGCAACCAAAGACUAGGAAGGAUCUAUGCAGCCAACGUAGAUCUGUGCCUACUAGAAGGACUGCAGUACCAACAUGUUGACAUGUUUAGUCGCCCACCAGGCAGACAUUUUGAGGAUGGAAAUGACUUUUGCAUGAUGGGAAAUGUAGUCUCUUGUUCGGUGACCGUGUCUAUGUUGUUGUGGAUCUAGGUGGGUGGAGAGGCUGCCUGUGCAUUCUGAUGGUUUGUGCUCUUUGUGCCUCUUGGAAAAAGAUGUUAAUAUAUUAUCUUAUAUCUUCCUUGCCUUUACCACACACAAGCAAACUGGACAACGGCGAGGCUGCCAAAUGUAUCUAUAUAGCCUGGAUCUAUAUUGAAAAGCAAAGAAAGUAUAUUAUUGAAAUGGGACACAAUACUUGUUUUUUUAUUUUUCUCUUUAUUUCAUUUCAAUGAUGGAUUGAACUGACUUUGGUUUGCAAAUGGUACACACACACACACACACACACACCUUUUCUACAGAUUGUUUUUACACUUAUUGUACGCAUCAUCCUCCACCUUGAGUUGACAACAUUUAUUUGUCAAUAAAAAGUGUUACAGA